CUUCAGUUUUUUGCUUUUGUUUUUAAGGUCUAUACAAUAACAGAAUUAAUUAAAAAUGGUUUUGUAAUAAUCAUUGUCAUUGUUAUAGUUGUUUAGAUGAAGGCUUUGGUUUGGUGUUGGUCUCUGAACUGCUUGGGUCCCUUUCAGUUUGUGCAAAGAGAUACCAUUUUGUUUACAUGCAGCCUUAUAUUGGUUAUGUUUUCCCCUGCUGCAGGUGUGUGCAAUGUUUUAGCUGAUACAAAUACAGAGAUGGUGCUUAAAGGUGGGAGCUCCCUGGAUCUAACACUAACAUAUCCAAAGAAUUCAGUGUUAUUUGUUAAUUGGAACUUUAAUGGCAAAAUGUUUGCUGACUACACUCCAAGCCGUAAUUACAUAUUUCGGGCAUCUCAAUUUAGUGGAAGAUUAAAAGGUUUCAAUGAUAAAAUUGGAGUAACUUUAAAAGAUCUUCAACCCCAAGACUCUGGAACAUUCUCAGUUGUUGCAGUUGGACCUGAAGGACAGUAUCCUACACAGGAUAUUAAAGUUUAUAUUGAAAACCCCAUAACAGCUGUACAGAUUGAGAAGAAUCAGGCGUGGAGAUUGUCCACAAACAGCUGUGAUGUUGAAGUGAGGUGUGCAGCGCUCGGAGCUGAGAGUGUCUCCUACCUGUGGAGCGGCUAUAAGACUGGGAGUGGAGCUCAGCUGCAGUUCAGUCUCUCACCAGCAGAAGGAGCUGUUACACUGAACUGCACUGCAGCUAACAACGUCAGCUCCAGUUCUGCUACAGAGACACUGAGCUGUAGCACUGAACAUCCCAGAACAGAAACUCAAUUGUCAGUUCUUAAUUUGAUCAGUAGUCUAGUGGCGGCCUCUCCGUAUCUGCUGGUGACCAUCAUCCUGGGUGUAAAAUGUUACAGAGCUCGAGGUCAUCAUAACAGCCAGUAUGCCAUGAAAGUAAUUGAGGAAUAAGCACUUUGCUCACUCUGUAAGAAAUAGGUUGAACACUGAACUACUCAGGGGCAAACAAAUUUGAUUCUGCUACAAAGUUUAUAGUUGUAUAGUUUUCAUUUUUAUAAUAAUAUUUUCAUUUACACUCAAAGCUCAGGGGCACAGAAUAUUUUUUACUAUAUUUCUGUUUGCGCUCUUCUGAGUUGGAUCAACGUUGGAGCUUUUCUUCCAGAUUAGAGAUCACAACACUGUUAUGACAGCGUGGAAAACUGGGUCUCUCUGGGUCCUCUUCCAGCCCCCUGUAUUUCACCAGAUUCUUCUAUUUCUUCAUUGUAUUUCGCCAUCAAUCGAUUGCCAGAUCUAUCACUACUGCAGUAUUCUGCAUUUUAUUUUAACUCUCACUGUUUAAUUUGCUGUACUGUUAUCUGACUGUAACUGGAGGUCACACAUAUUCAUGUUUAUCUGUCCCUGUACACAAACCCUGCCAUGUUCACUGCAGCUAAUAUUAUAAUGUGUUGUAAUACUGUAUAAUAAAUGUAAUCUGGUUCAUGUAAUCUGAUCAAGUACUUGUGAACAAAUCAGAGUAUCUGUACAUUUACAUAAACUGCUUUAUUACA